AUGUCCCCUACGCAAGAUCUUCCACCCGCAAUCCUCGCCCUGCCGAAAGCAAUAAUACGACCCUACCACAAAACAGACGCACCCGCCCUCUCCACCGCAGCAAACUCCCCCUCCGUAUCCCGCUACCUCCGCGACUCCUUCCCCCGCCCCUACACCCUCGCCGACGCAGAGUCCUGGAUCGCGAUGAAUUCCAGCGACGGCGGCGCGCCGGUGUACAACUGGGUCAUCGCCUGUCCAGAAACGGGGAGGCCUAUGGGGAGUAUCGGGCUCGUGCCGGGGAAGGAUGUUUAUGCGAGGGGGUAUGAGCUUGGGUACUGGCUUGGAGAGGAGGAUUGGGGGAAGGGGGUUAUGGGGUGUGUUGUGCCUGCUUUUGUGAGGUGGGUUUUUGAGGGGAUGGGUGGUGGAGAGGUUGAUGGGGAGGGGAAGAGGAAGGUUGAGAGAGUUUGGGCGGGUGUUUUUGAGGCGAAUGAGGGGAGUCAGAAGGUUCUUGAGAAGAGUGGGUUUGUGUUUGAGGGGAGGGCGAGGAGAGCUGUUGUUAGAGAUGGGGUUGUGAUGGAUGAGCUUUUGUACUCUGUUAUCAGGGACGACUUGAAGAAGUGA